GCUGUCCUCACAGAAAUGAACCCGGCUUUCGAUUUUCUCAGCCCUGUGAUGCUCCUGCUCCUCCUCUCAUGGUCGGGAGUAGCCCUAUCCCCCGUGAAAUGCCCCAAUUGCGGCAGCACUCCGGUGCCUCUCCCACUGAGCACCAGCGCCGACUGCGGCGAUCAGCUCUACAAGAUCCGUUGCAACAAUAGUGUGCUCUUUUUCGAUACGCUCAAUAACACCUACAGGAUCUCCUCCAUCACACCCGAAUCCCAACGGCUAAUGAUUGAGCCCGCACCUUUCUUGCCAGGAACCACCUGCGUGACGGAGGAUAUCUCAACAGGCGGAAUCCAACUCAAUUCCUCCCUUCCUUUCAAUAUUAGUAGCAGCAACACCGUUUUGCUCCUCAAUUGUACGGACCGCUUGUUCCAAUCCCCGCUGGAUUGUUCCAACAGCACCGGUCUCUGCCACACUUACAUCAAUGCAAGCCGUGACUCUGCUGGCGGGUGUGCAGGCGCCCCUAUCUGCUGUAGUUUUAGAACCGGAGGGUCAACAACAGCGUACAGGAUCCGGAUUAGGGAAGAGGGUUGUAGUGGGUACCGGGUUUUUGUGAACUUGAAUGAGCUUUUGCCCGUCCUGAAGUGGCCCAAACCCGCCCUCGAAUUGGAAUGGAAGUUGCCGGCGGAUGAAGUCAGGUGAAUCUACCAAUUGAGACCACCAUUUUCUGGGGCGCGAGGGUCCCUAGGCUUCGACGUACAAAGAUCUGUCAGACCCAACUCCUAAAAUGGAUCUUAUAAGUGAAACUAAGAAAUACAGUAUUUAAUAAAAAUCAUAUUGUAAUUCGGUUAAGGAGUACUGUAAUAUAUUUGGCCGGAUGCCUCCCACAUUGACUUGUUCUAUACGAAAUAUUUCUUUUUAUGUUUCCUUAAAUUAAGUAUCACCUUUUUUAUUGAAAAGAAUAUAUGAUCUACA